AUGCUAGGAAACUUCAAAUUUCCUGCGCGCAAAUAUAGUUCACGAGUCUGCCACGCCGUGGUGCUGCCGAGCUCACUCAGCUGUGCGAAUCACUCCCCUGCCCUCCAGGCUCCCGCCAUAAACACGAAAGCAUCUGUUCACUGUGUCCUCGUGUACCGCCAAUUUUUGUGCUAUAAUUUGCUUUACCUGUGCAUCAUUCCAUCAAAAAUGUCGGGUGUGAAGCGAAAAACAAACGGUGAAGCCAGUGGAAGUGCCAAGAAAUGUCAGGCUAUAACUUUAGAGAUGAAAAUGGACAUCAUAAAACAGCUUGAGAAAGGUGAGAAAAUGUCUGAUGUGGCACGAAAAUUUAAUAUGAAUCGGUCAACUGUAGGCACAAUUAUUAAGAACAAAGAAAAAAUAGUGGAACAUGUGAAAUCUGCAGUGCCCAUGCAAUCAACCAUCAUAUCGAAAAAGAGAGGAAAAGUGAUUGAGGAGAUGGAAAAACAUCUCGGCGUCUGGUUCGAGGACCGCAUCCAGAAACAGAAAUGUCUAUGCCUUAUGAUGAUUCAAGAGAAGGCCCUGAGUCUAUUCAAUGAACUGAAGGCUGAGUAUGGUGAGGAUGUGUCAUUCACUGCAAGUCAUGGGUGGUUUAACCGCUUCAAGGCGCGCAAUAACUUGCAUAACGUGAAGGUGUCUGGUGAGGCGGCGAGUGCAGAUGUUAAGGCAGCUGAGGAAUUCCCAGGAAAACUAGCAGAAAUGAUCUGCCAGGGAGGUUACACACCACAACAGAUUUUCAAUGUGGAUGAAACUGGCCUCUACUGGAAAAAGAUGCCUGACCAAACCUACAUCAGUAAGGAGGAAAAAACAAUGCCUUGCUUCAAAGCUGCAAAGGACAGACUGAUGCUACUGCUUGGGGGUAAUGCUAGUGGUGAUUUAAAAUUAAAGGCCCUACUGGUGUACACCUCGGAAAACCCACGAGCCCUGAAAAACAUUGCCAAGGCGUCUCUUCCAGUUGUGUGGAAGAGUAACUCUAAAGCUUGGGUCACACAGGCAAUUUUUCAUGAGUGGUUUUAUAAUCAAUUUAUCCCUGAGGUGGAGAAGUAUUGUCGGAGCAACUCCAUUCCAUUCAACGUCCUCCUGGUGCUGGAUAACGCCCCUGGCCACCCACCUUACCUAGAUGACUUUCACCCUAAUGUCAAGGUUGUCUACCUGCCACCCAACACAACCUCCAUUAUACAACCUAUGGACCAGGGAGUCAUUGCAACGUUCAAAAAACUAUCUAAGGCGCACUUUCUGCCAGGCACUGAAGGCAACAGAUGA